AUGAGCUUGGGUACUCCGGAGUGCUCCUCCAGUCCUGCAGUGGGAAAAUGGAAGGAAAAAAAGUUGCAGAUGAAGUAUUAUGUGUGGCCACGCUUUGAGCUGUAUCCUGACUCUGAGGAACGUGAGGAUGAUCACCUGAGUAUCGUGACCUUGGAAGAGGCACCAUUUGUCAUUGUGGAGAAUGUGGACCCCCUAAGUGGCACCUGCAUGAGGAACACGGUCCCUUGCCAAAAACGCAUAGUGACUGAGAACAAAACCGAUGAGGAGCCAGACUACAUGAAGAAAUGUUGCAAGGGGUUCUGCAUUGACAUCCUCAAGAAAAUCUCAAAGUCUGUCAAGUUCACCUAUGACCUCUACUUGGUGACUAAUGGCAAGCAUGGGAAAAAGAUCAAUGGAACGUGGAAUGGAAUGAUUGGAGAGGUUGUCACCAAACGGGCCUAUAUGGCUGUGGGAUCCCUCACCAUUAAUGAGGAGCGUUCAGAAGUGGUGGAUUUCUCUGUGCCCUUCAUUGAGACGGGAAUCAGUGUCAUGGUGUCACGUAGCAACGGAACUGUCUCACCUUCUGCCUUCUUAG